CAUUAGAUGAAUAGCACCUUUUGCCCUUUAGGUCGAUCCCAUAACAUUACAAUUAGAUGAAUAGCACCUCUUGCCCUUUUCCCCUGCCUAAAAACAUGGAUGAGGCCAAUCAAGUCCAAGAAGCAGCGGCAGCGCUCAUUGCAAUGCAAGCAGCUGCAACGCUCCUUGCAAUGCAUGCAGGAGGGGCACCUGUAGGCAAUACCCAACCAGUUGCAGCCCACGCCCCUCAAAGCGAUAACUUGGCUCCUGUUCGAAGGUCGCCAAGACUUACUGCGAGAACUGUGGACGUAGACGCCCCUCCAAGAGUUACUGAUAACUUGCCCCCUAUUCGAAGGUCGGCAAGACUUGCUGCAAUGGCUGCGAAUCAUAACUCAAAUUCUGAGAAUUCUUAGAUUUCUUCGAGGUUGAAGAAGCCACCGGAGUGGAAGAACUCACAUGGGACUUGGUGACUUGGAAGCCACCUAUAGGAAGUAUGUCUUUAGCAUGUGUUCCCGUUUUUACUCAUUUCUUUGUUGUACUUUUAGUGUAGGUAGAGACUGUGUGCUGUUCCUUUGAGAGUUGUUCUUUGAUCAUCUAUCAUCCUCUGUAAUCUUUUAUUUGUGAAAAUAUCUGUAAUCCUUGGGCUUCAGAGUAAUAUAUCAAGGAAUAUAUU